AUGUCACAGGAUUUAAAUGUAAGGGCAGUCAAGAUGUUUCUUACGAGGCGUGGUGAAAAACUUAUCGGUGUUAUGCGAGAAAGGAAAGCAUAUUCUAAUUUGGUAUACCAGAUAGUGUCAAGCAAAAAACGCUAUCUUUUCAAGCAGUACAUAAAUAGGGAGAGGAGUAACGAAUUUGAAAUAUUAAAAUAUAUUAAUGUUCCCAAGGUAUAUGAAAUGGCAAAGGAUUAUCGAAUAGAGGAGUUUAUACAACAUCAGGUCCCCGAUUUUAAACGGGACAUCACGCUCAUAGCGGCUGCUUUAGCACAGUUUCAUUGCAUAGAGGUGCCUUGCAUCGAAACCUUUGAGGAUAUGUUAAUGAAAUUUAUCGCCGAAAACCAGACUCUGAACCAUAGCGAGUCUAUCACAACAAUUUACAACAAGAUCAAGUAUCUGUUGGAGGACACCUCAAUGGAUGGACUCAUUCAUAUGGACUUACAGGUAGGAAAUAUGUUAAAAAUUGAUAACGUGGUACGUUUGAUCGACUUUGAGUACAGCUGCACCGGAAAUAUUGCCCUUGACAUUGCGAACUUCUUUUGUGAGACCAUGACCGAUUACCAGCAGGACAGCAUUUUGAGAGUUGAACGGGGAUUCAAUACAAGGCAAAAAAAAAAAUUUCUUGAGGAGUAUCUCAGACACAACGAUCGGAUGACCAUGGAUGUGGAGGAGCUCUACGUCAAGGUCAGGGAAAUGGAGUGUCUGAGCCACUUUCUUUGGUUCCUUUGGGGACGGAAACGUCUAUUCAUGGACGAUAUUACAUCGGAUUGCUUUGAUUACGUUACGUACAGUUUAAAUCGCCUAAGCUUCCUUGAAUGCAAAGAAUUCGAUUCUGAUAUAUCUGAAUUGCGCGAGGAACUUGAAGGUUUACAGCACCCCGACAAGAGUGAAAAAGUGCAGCACGAAUAAUGCUCAUUCGCAAGAAUUAUUCAUUAAAAUCCGUUGUAGAGUUUCUUUUAUGAAUAUGUGUUUUUUACAACAUUUCUGGCUGCUACAUCUUGAGAGU